AUGAAGCAAUAUUUGAACUAUUACAAGAUGAGGCUGAGAACAUCGAGGUUAGGUUAUCUGUUAAUUCAGUUCACGGCGCUUUGCUUUUACGCACAGAACACUGUGCAGUCUCCUCCAAAUUUCAAGCACCAUGUUACCGAGCAGAGCCGGCUGUCGGACCGGAUGAGCCGCAGGUUGACACGAACCUACCAGCUGUACAGCCGCACCAGCGGGAAGCAUGUCCAGGUCCUGGCCAACAAGAGGGUCAACGCCAACGGAGACGACGGAGCGGUGCACGCUAAACUGGAGGUGGAGACGGACUCUUUUGGAAGUCGCAUUCGCAUUAAAGGGGUGAAGACAGGAUACUACAUAUGUAUGAACAAGAGGGGGAAGCUGAUCGGCAAGCGGAAAGGACGAGGCAAAGACUGCAUCUUCACAGAGAUUGUUCUGGAAAACAACUACACAGCACUCCAGAACGCCAAGUACGAAGGCUGGUACAUGGCUUUCACACGCAAGGGCCGUCCGAGGAAGGCCUCCAAGACCAAGCAGCACCAGAGGGAGGCCCACUUCAUGAAGCGUCUACCCAGGGGGCACUUGCUGAGCGAGAAGAGACCAUUUGAUGUCCUUCCUCUGGCUGUCCCCAUGCACCCUUUCAGCAAGCGGACUAAACAUUCCCAUCACCAGCGCACAGGGGGCCACUGAGGAUUGAAACCACUGAAGGAGAACUGUGGACGAACCAGCACAGAAGAACCACUACAAGAGAAAACAAGUGCUCCCAGAGAAAUGAACUUUUACAGUCAAGUGCCCAUACACCUUUUGCCUCAUUUUGUGGACUUCUUUGUGUAAUUCUUUGUACUGGAUUGUAUGUAACCAUUGACUAUCUAAUCUGCUAGUUAUUUCCAAUUCAGACAGACUUUAGGACAGAUUUUACUUAUUAAAUCAAGGGUCAUUUAAAGUACUGAAGACCUCAACAAUAUUGUCAUGAAUGAAAACCUUUUGGUUAGAAGUUCCCCAGCUCAGCAAUAAAAGAAUGUUUAAAAGAGAAAUGAGUACAAUGAAGCUAGACACGGCAGCUAUAUGUGGAUUUUCUUGUGGUUACAGCAUCUGAGUCUCAGUUGACAUGCUAUC